CUCCCAUAUGUCAUGAGAUUCUAAACACGUGCGCGCGCGCAGUCGCAGUUGUACCUCUGAGAUUAACAGACGUGUUUAAAGUUAAAAGAAAUGGCGGGUAAAUCGAAUGGUGUUGAUACAUCAGAUUGGGCUCGAACUCCUCCCACUUCAGGGCCCCUGUGGGAGAGGGUUUGUAAGGCAAUUUACAAUCCAGAAGACAAAAGCUUUUUGGGCCGGACGCCGAAACGAUGGGGAAUCGCGUUGGUUUUCUACCUGGUCUUCUACGCAGUGUUGGCAGCUAUGUUUGCAGCGUGUAUGGGAGUUUUGCUUAUGCUCAUAGAUGAGAAAAGACCUAUGUACACACUCGAGAGCUCAUUAAUAGGAGCGAAUCCGGGAGUUGCGUCCAGGCCUGCCGUGGAAGGUUCCUUCCUUUUAGACAAUACUAACACAAGCAGUUAUGGCAUCUACGUCGACGAGUUGAAAGAUUUCUUUAGCGAUUACACCACCGAAGAGUGGUAUUUAUCGAGGAAGGGGUGCAAAGAGGAAGAUAGUUUCGGCUAUCCCACAUCACCAUGCUUUUUCAUUAAGUUAAAUAGGAUUUACGGUUGGAAACCACAGUACUAUGAUGCAAAAAGUUUACCUACAGAUAUGCCUGAGCACCUCUCAGAAUACAUUGCAUCAUUAACAGAUAUUGAGCAACAACAAAUCUGGAUAUCCUGUGUGGAUGAAGUGUCAAAUGUGACGAGUAUCGAAUACCCUUGGGGACGCGGCCUUCCGGGUAGAUACUACCCCUACCAAAAUGAAGUUGGGUAUAUAAGCCCCGUGUUGGCGAUUAAAGUUACGCCACCUGCAAACACCCCAACCACGAUUCGAUGCAGAACAUGGGCUAAAAACAUUAUUUAUAACAAGAGUUUGAAAGAGCCAUCUGGUUACACUCGUAUUCAACUUUACCUUGAAGAUAACACUAGUCUUAACUCGACAAACACAGAUGGCGCUGAAAUCAAAUAAAAUAUUUUGAGAAAUGGACAUUUACGUAAUAUUAAUUGGCAUUAAUUUAUUAUUAUCUGUAGAGGUAUAAUGAGUAAUCGUUCAACGCACAACCACUAGUUAUGUAAAUUCGAGGCUUAAAUAGGAAUUAAUAUGCGAUUUGGUUAUUUUUGUUUGUGCCAUAUAUUGUAUAAAGCACUCAAAUGGGGCAUGUAACACAUGUCUGUCUGUUUUUCAUUUGAUAUGUUUGUGAUUGAUAAUAUUUUAUAGCGUUAAAUCGCACCUAAAUGAGAGAUUGUCUCAUUUAAAGCAAAAUUAAGUAGAUUAUUUCGAGAUGUGAACUUGAAAUCUAAAGUUAUAUUUAACCUAGUACCUAGUUAGAAUAUAUAUUGAACAUUCUUACUUAAUAAGAUACCUACUUUGACUAUUGUUAGUUAUAGAAUUAUUUAAGUAUUGUUAAGAACGAACACCCGUUAACCUUAUUUUAAGAUAGAUAAAUCAUUCCCAUUUCAAUUAAUUUAGAUUAAGGCUAUAUGCGCAUUACGCAUUUUAGAAUUAUUUAAAUGUUGUAGAUAAUAAAUUUAUGUCUAAAUAUACAGAAGUAAUGUGUAUGAUACUAUUCGUUAAAAAUUACACAAAGUUUCACUGGUUUGAAUUGGCGUAUUGGAAGGGGGAAUAUACCCGUGUUUAUUUUUCAAGAUACCUAAAUUGACUACACCAUUCUAGGAUUGGUAUGUAUUACCUGGCUAUCGAUAUACGCACACUGUCUUAGGCAAAUCACAUGCUUUUGUAUUUGUUGAUUCAACUAAUUACUCCGGUUAAAUCUUUAUAUAUAUAUAAUUCUUCUGUGAGUGUGUAUGUCACUGAACUUCUCUCAAACGACUGGACCGAUUUUGAUGAAAUUUUUUGUGUGUGUUCAAGGGGAUCUGGGAAUGGUUUAGAUUCACAAAUCAGCCCGCCAGUCUGCAGUCGGUACUUUCAUACUUUGCUUUACUAAUCGCUUGAAAUAUCAUGCCGGACAACGUCUGUCGGGUCCACUAGUACUGUAUAAAAAUGCGGUUCCCGCAUACCCGCGAUGGCUUCCAGUUAGGAGCGAGAGUCUUGGUCAAAUAUGUCACUAAAUACUCUGUACAGUACGGAGCUAGCCUCAGCUUUUUAUUUCUUUGUCUCGGUUCCGUCAUGCCACUUAGUUCAUGCCGCUCCCACUCCCAUGUAUUUUUCUUCUGUGUAUUUGGAAUUAUGAAUAAUGUUUUGAAGUGAUAAAAAAUUAUAUUUUAAUUAAAUUUUCACUUUAUAUUUAAACAAAUUUAUAAUUUUUAAAAGCGACGAUAUUGAUACGCUUCAUCGUAUAGGCUUAGUUCAGUAAUUUUCCGUUUUUAAAUUUAACUUUAAUAAAAAAAUUCAAACUAAAACUCCAUUAAGAAAGUAUCUUGAAGGUGGUUGAGAAGACUUUUAAAUUAGAUCAAUUAAAAAACGAUUGCCUACUGUAGAAUAAUUUUCUUAGACAGUAAGAAUUUAGUGCUUUAUAUAGGUAUAAUGUACCUAGUACUAAAUUCUACAUCUAUCACAUUAUAUUCAUGUAAUUGGUGUACAUUGGUAUUUAUUUAAAAAUUGUGUUUGUUUUUGUGAAUUAAAAUUACCUAUUAGUACAAAAUUGUAUAUUUAUAAUGAAUAAAGAAAUGUCAUCCUUA